AUGACGACAACAGGAAACCUUUCAAACGUAAGUUUCGUCAAAGGUUACUACACCAUCAAAAACAUCACCAUCAUCAUCGUUGUCAAAAUCGUCAUAUUAAUCAUCGCCAUCAAUGCAACAAGCACAAUCAGCCCUCGUUUUGCUACCGGAAACACUUCGUGGGAGAAAACACUUCGUGGGAACAAAUACAUAAUCUUUGGUAACAUUGAAAAGAUAUAUGAAUUCCAUUCUAAGAGGUUUUAUGAAAGUUUGAAUUUGUGCCGGGGACAUCCUUAUGCUUUGGGAGCUGCUUUCAUGAAGCAUAGGCGAGACGAAGAGGAAGACCACCACCACUGCUUGGACAAAGAUCUGCAACGGGCAGGAUUGUCCAAAUGUAGAGUUACAAAGGGAAGACCCCGAUUAACGCUUGAAGAACUGGCCCAGGAUAGAGACCUUGAAACAAAAGGAGCUGAACUGUGCGAUGGACCUCGAGAGUUACCUGCUAAAGCCCAUCUAAUGACUGAACAAGUAUGCCCUCAUGCUCAAACGCCUGCUGCACUCCUGUCCACUGCAUAUGCCAGAGUUUCAAGGAAUUGA